UGUAUUAAAAUGAAUGCUGCAACGAUGAAUAGAUAUCGUGGCCCAGACGCCUACACUUUCAGUGAUUCCUUGGCGCUAACAAGUUUUGGUAAAUUUAAUUAUUUUUUGAUUUGUAUCUCUGGCAUGGUGCUGGCCACAGUUCUGCUAGAGACAGCUGGUAUGGGCUUUAUUUUGCCCAUCGCGCAAUGUGACCUACAACUAUCGAAUCAGGACAAGGGUGUGCUUAGUGCGAUCGGUUUUUUGGGUAUUAUUUCAAGUUCUCAUUUAUGGGGAUUUUUGGCGGAUACAAAGGGACGUCGCAGAGUUAUUCGGCCCACACUGCUGGCAGGGUUCGCAGUUACAGUUCUAUCCAGUUUCGCCCCUAAUUUUUGGGUCAUGGUUCUGCUUCGUUUCAUCAACGGAUUUUUUCUAGCAGGCUCUGCAACAAUUUAUGCCUAUCUCGGAGAGUUUCACUCAGAUAAGACGCGUUCACGAGCAAUUAUGGGAUCUUCAGUCAUAUUCGCUAUCGGAGCAAUGAUUUUGCCGAUUAUCGCCUUUUUAGUCAUAAACCAAGAUUGGGUUUUACCGCUAACUUUUCUUGGCAUCGACUAUAAGCCUUGGCGUUUGUUUUUGAUCGUCUGUGGCAUACCAGGAUUACUGUGUGGUUUGUCCUUAUUUGCUUUGCCCGAGAGUCCUAAAUUUUUACUCGCUGUUGGUGAUGAGAACAAAGCAAUUGAGGUGCUCCAGAAAAUGCAUCGCUGGAACAGUGGCAAAGAACCACUCGUUAUUACACAUAUUCUGCCAGAUGAUGACACCACGAUUACUACAUUACAAUUUAACAAUAAAUUUGAAUCGAAUUCAAAUUUCGCCCUACUAUUUUUGCAAACAAUGUGGAAUCAAACUGCACCAUUAUUUCAGCGGAAAUAUUUGCGUAUUACAAUGAUCGUUUGCAAUAUGCAAUUUUGGUUGUAUGUAGUGACUAAUGGACUCUAUAUGUGGUUUCCACAUAUUAUUAACAGCGUGGCGGCAUUUAUUAAUGAGCAUCCUGGUGAACACAAACAAAUCUGUCAAAUUGUUUAUGAACAACAAGAAAGCAUUUAUAAGAUGGAUGGAACCAUCGAAUGUAUUGACAAAUUGGAGAACACUACCUAUUAUUACUCGCUUGUUAUGGAAAUACUUUAUGCCAGCUCAUUUGCAUUUAUUGGUUUUAUAAUAAAUCGUGUGGGAAAAAUAUUAAUUCUUUUCAUCACUUCAAUAUUCUUCACAUCCUGUGGCUUAACAUCCAUUUUUAUAGCUGAUCCAUCUAUUGCUGCUUACCUUUAUGUGCUAUUUUUCUUAGUAGGCGUGGCCAUUAAUGUGCUCAGUGCUGCUACAGUCGAUUUGUAUCCGACACAUCUUCGAGCAAUGGCUGUGUGUAUAUCACUUAUGGUGGGCCGAUUGGGUAGUGUUGUAGGUGCCAAUGUGGCUGGCGCCCUGAUGACUCAUCACUGUGAAUGGAACUUCUAUAUCGUUUGUGGAGCGAUGUAUAUUUGCGCUGUCCUGGCGCUUCUCCUGCCCCGAAAGAGCCCCGAUGAAGCGGGGAAAAGUGAAUCAUGAUUGUGACAAAAGUGUCGGUCCAUGUACAAAAGUAGCUUUAUUAUAAAUAAACUGUUUAGAAGUACAUAUGAAUGUCUGUUAUACGAUUAAGUACGUUUGUAAUUUUGUAAAUUGUUGAAGUGGUUUUAAAUGACAUUUGUUUUUUAUUAAGUGUUACUUUUAGAAAAAACUUAAACUCAUAAUCUGAAGCUAAAAAUUGUUAUACCUGCUCAAAUAUCAUAAAUAUAUGCAGAAUUUCUACGUUAAAUAUCUGCAAUUUAAGAAAAAAGGCUUUGAUUAUUAUUAAAUUUUUAUUUCUGAACCAAAAGUAUUUCAGAAUCGGUCGUGAACAUUUUCAACAAAAACAUUAAAAUUCAUAAACCUGCAAAGCCAUUCGGCCUUGUCUUGAGAUUCGGCCGAAUAAAAAUUCACCCGAAAAUUUUUAUUCCGCCCAUAGUAAAUACAUGGAAACGAAAAGUGAAAAGU